AUGGACACUGACCUAUCCGCCCGCUUGGAUGAGCUGCAGAUGGCAGGCCCAGACAUGCUCAUUGACAGUUACGAGCAGUACAAUCACCAAGAGAGCGAAGUGGUCAACAUCUCCCCCGACGAUGGCUCCGAGGAGCAAACGGAAGCCCUGCCCCGGGCCGAUGACUUCGAGGCGAUGAAGCGCCAUGUCCUCGUUGACCUCCCCGACACCGAGCCCGAAGCAGAGACAUAUCAUACUUGGCACAUAGAAAAAUGGCGAACACUGUCAAGGAGAGAACACGGGCCUGUGUUUGAAUGCGGCGGUCAUCCCUGGAGGGUACUGUUCUUCCCAUACGGCAACCAGGUUGAUUGUGCGUCCUUUUACCUGGAACAUGGCUUCGAGAAUGAUCCGCCACCGGACUGGUAUGCCUGUGUGCAGUUCGCUCUCGUCCUGUGGAACCCGAACGAUCCCACACUUUACCGAACCCAUACGGCCACUCAUCGAUUCAACGCGAAAGAAGGCGACUGGGGCUUCACGAGGUUUGUUGAGCUGAGGAAGGCCUUCCAUCAACCUUGGGAGGAAGGGUCAAGACUUCUGGUCGAGAACGAUGAAGCGAAACUGACCGCUUACGUUCGAAUCAUCAAAGACCCCACAGGAGUAUUAUGGCACAACUUCGAAGGGUAUGAUUCCAAGAAAGAGACGGGCAUGGUCGGCCUGAAGAACCAAGGCGCGACGUGCUACCUGAAUUCGCUGCUUCAGUCUUUAUACUUUACCAAUUUAUUUCGCAAAGCCGUCUACCAAAUCCCGACAGAGCAGGAAGCCACCCGGAGCAACAGCGCCUGGACUCUUCAGCGGUUAUUCUACAGGUUGCAGAAGGACAAAUUUGCGGUCUCGACGAACGAGCUAACAGCGUCAUUUGGGUGGGACACUCGCCAGAUCUUCGAGCAGCAAGAUGUUCAGGAGUUGUCCCGGAUAUUGAUGGAAGUCCUGGAGAAGAAGAUGAAGGGCACACCGGCAGAAAGGACAUUGCCGGAGUUGUUUGUUGGUAAGACCAAAACAUACAUCUCUUGCAUAAAUGUCGACUUUGAGUCCUCGAGAAUAGAGGAAUUCUGGGAUAUCCAACUGAACGUUCGAGGAAAUAAGAACCUUCACGAGAGUUUCAUGGAUUACAUCCAGGUGGAGACAUUGGAGGGCGAGAACAAGUACGACGCUGGUCAGCCAUACGGCCUUCAAGACGCCCGCAAAGGUGUUAUUUUUGAGUCGUUCCCGCCUGUAUUACACCUUCAGCUGAAGCGGUUCGAAUACGACAUUAACCGAGACGCCAUGAUGAAGGUGAACGACAGACACGAAUUUCCUGAAGAGUUUGAUGCAUCGCUUUACCUGUCUGACGAAGCCAGAGCUGCAUCGACCGAACCGUGGGAUUACCAAUUACAUGGUGUGCUAGUGCAUAGCGGCGAUUUCAAUGCCGGCCAUUACUACGCAUUCCUUAAGCCCGCCAAAGACGGGUUCUUCUACAAGUUUGACGAUGACCGGGUGACGCGGUCAACCAUGAAGGAAGUGCUGGAAGAAAACUUCGGUGGAGAAUAUGCCAAUGUUGCAAAUGGUGGGCUCGGCCAACGGCAGCCCUACAUGCGCGGUUACUCCACCAAGCGUUCCAUGAACGCCUACAUGCUGGUCUACAUCCGGAAAAGCAGGCUAGAUCAGGUGCUCCUCGAUGUUACCGAGUCCGACAUUCCUUCCCAUAUUGAAGCAAGAAUUUCUGAAGAGCAGGCAGAACUUGCGCGGAAAAAGAAAGAGCGAGAAGAGGCUCAUCUCUAUAUGAAUAUUGGGCUGAUUACAGAACGAACUUUCCAAGCUCACCAUGGUUUCGACCUGACGAGCUACGACCUUGAACAAACAGACCCAGCCAGCGCCCAGAUCCAUCGACUAUUGCGUACCACCAAGGUUGGUGAGUUUGCCAACACCGUUGCUAAGGAGCUUGGGCUCGGCCCGGAUCAGCUCAGGUUCUGGGUCAUGGUUGGCCGACAGAACAAGACAAACCGCCCCGAUCAACCGAUCCGCGAAGCCGACAUUACUAUGGAGGAAGCCAUGAACAAGUACGGCUCAAGGGGCCGGCCGUUCUAUCUGUGGGCUGAAAAUGGCACGAAAGGUGACGACGGCAAAGUUUCAUGGCCCGAUGCUACACCAGCUGCAGGUGGUAAUGUCCCUAUCCUGGUGUUCCUCAAGUAUUUCGACGUCAAGGCCCAGUCACUGUCUGGCAUCGGUCAUGUGUAUGUCAAGAAAUUCGACAAGGUACAAGAGAUUGCGCCUCAAAUUAACAAAUUGAUGCAUUGGGAUCCAAACACGCCAAUCCUCUUGUUCGAAGAGAUCAAAUUCUCAAUGAUCGAGGCUAUGAAGCCCAAGCAGACGUUUCAGCAAUCGGAAAUCCAAGACGGCGACAUCAUCUGUUUUCAACAAAACAUUCCUGACCUAGACGCAUCCACAAUCACUUACACCGAUGCCCGACAGUACUACGACUACCUGCUCAACAGGAUACCAGUCAGCUUUUAUCCAAAACCUGGCACUGAAGGAGAAUCCUUUGUAUUACCUCUCAGCAAGAAGAUGACUUACGACCAAUUCUCUCAGAAGGUGGGAGAGUACCUCAAAGUCGACCCCACUCACAUACGAUUUGCCACCAUCAGCGCUACUAACAAUAAGAUAAAGAUGUGGCUCAAGCGUGGCAUGAAUUACAAUCUGCAGCAGAUCCUACAGUCUCAGUUCAGCUCCUACGGUGGCUAUGCCACGCACCGCGGCGACGCACUGUAUUUUGAGGUCCUUGAAACAAGUCUUGCCGACUACGAGACAAAGAAGAUCAUGAAAGUGAUUUGGCUCAGUGACGGCAUCAGCAAAGAGGAACCUCUGGAAAUACUCGUUGCCAAGAACGGCCUCAUCAGUGACCUGAUCGGCGGCAUUGCCAAGAAGCUGAGUUUGGACGAGCAGACAGCCCGGAAUGUGCGCGUGCUUGAAGUCCACGGCGGCAAGAUCCACAAGGAACUGAUGGAGGAUUUCAACGUCGUCGGGGUCAACGAAUUUACCACACUGUACGCCGAGAAAAUCCCCGAUGAAGAAUUGAAUGCCUCGGAGGACGAUCGGUUCAUUUACUGUUACCACUUCGACAAGGAAGCCAACAAACCCCAUGGCGUUCCGUUCAAGUUUCUGCUGAAGACCGGCGAGCCGCUCAGAGAAACAAAGGAACGAAUCAGCAAGCGGACCGGUAUCAAGGGCAAACUUCUACAACAGAUCAAGUUCGCUUUGGUAUCAAGAGCGCCCUAUGGCAAGCCGAGAUAUAUCGAAGAUGACGAUGUGCUCUCUGAUCUCAUUCAGGAUGGCGACGACAUGCUCGGACUGGAUCACGUCAACAAGGCACGCAACUUUUGGGGACGUGCGGAAGGGAUGUUCAUUCGGUAG